AUGCCACAAGAUCCGAAUCUCUAUGGCCAGCGGCCAGCAAAGAAGCAGAAGCGCGAGGUCCCGCUGUCCUCGUCACUGACGUUUGCCUCACAAAUGUCGUCACUGUUAUCGGCGCCCGCGGCAUCUUCUUCAGGCCGACCACGACCCUCGAAGACGAAAGACACCUUGUUCCAAGUCAAAGUGAAGGGCAAGGCAAACGGCGCGCAAGCCAACGACAGUGCCCAAGAUGACAGCCAGAAGAUCAGGAUCAAGGACACGCACGGGACAGAAGAAGAGAAGCAGGACUUCAUGAGGACGAAGCGCAAGAUGGAGGAGAAGGCGCGGUUGUACGCAGCGAUGAAACGAGGCGACUACAUCCCAGCGGAGAACGAGGCUGCGCCUCUGGUCGACUUUGAUCGCAAAUGGGCCGAGAAGCAGGACGCCAAGAGCGGCAACGAUGACACGAGCUCUGGCUCCGACAAUGAAUCUGACGAUGGCUACGCAGAUUCUCAAGAACUGAUCGAAUACAAGGACGAGUACGGACGGACACGGCAGGCCACAAGAGCACAAAUCGCAAAGAUGCAGAGACAAUCGGCACGCAGCGCAAUGGCGGCGGCCGACCUUGAUGCCAUGGCCGGAAGGCCGGUCAAAGCCCCGGAGAAUGUCAUUUACGGUGACGCGAUCCAAUCUGCAGCGUUCAAUCCCGACGACAACACCUACGAUAAGAUGGAGUCCCUUGCAGCGAAGCGCGACCGCACCCCGACCCCUCCGCCCGACGCCCAUUUCGAUGGCCAUGCCGAGAUCAGAAACAAGGGAGUCGGAUUCUAUCACUUCAGCCAAGACUCAGAGGCGCGAAAGCAGGCACAGGACAACCUGACUGCGGAAAGAGAGAAUACCGAAAGAAUUCGGCGAGAACGAGAGGCUGCGAAGGAGGAGCGCAGGAAGCUCAUCGAAGAGCGUCGUGCGCAGAUCGGCAAGAAGCGGGCAGAGAAGCAAGCAGAGAGCUUUCUGGAUGGCCUGGCUGAUGGCGGCGGUCCGUGA